UCUGUUUGUGUCAUGUCCGCGAUGUUCCACCCUCGCUGCGGACGUUGUGUUCACCUCUCAAAUGGCAAUAAAACUGCAAUUCGCAGUAACCCGACACAGGAAUUCAAUAGAGGACUCAUAUUCAGCCUCGAGCCUAUCAAAGACAAUGAAACGUUCGAGGUGACGAUCGAUAAAAAGCUGAACACAUGGAGUGGAAGUAUCGAGAUAGGUGUGACGGUAUGCAACCCAGACGUGAUCGACAUUCCAAUUACAGCUACAGAUUUACGCGGCGGAACAUGGAUAAUGUUAGGUCAAGGAGUGUUGAGGGAUGGUCGUUCCCUGCACGAAGCAUAUGGCUGUGACCUAGAUAAGCUGGUUGAGGGAGACAGAGUUGGAGUGAUGAGAACAUCACAGGGGGACCUAAAGUUCUUUGUGAAUGGAGAGUGCCAAGGUGUAGCUGCUGCCAAUCUACCCCAGAUGUUAUAUGCUGUAGUUGAUAUGUAUGGCAAAUGUGCACAAGUUACUGUUACCGCACCAUCCACACCAGAUUCUAACACACUGGAUGAGGACUCCACAAGUGAGAUGUCGUCCAUGCGGGACUCCAACAUCUUGGACUCCCAGCAUGAUCAAAUCCCCUCUGGUCUUACCAGCAUCAACAAUCACACUUCUGCAUCUGCACAUGCUGCUGUUGCUAGUAUUGCAAAUUCAACUAUCCCAGCCACAGUUGCCAGCCUCAAUGCAGCUGCUGGUCAUACAUGUAGUGCACUUAACAAUCAUGUUGCAAACAUUAGCAUUGCCAACAGUCUUAUGUCCAACAGUGACAGUAAUGUUUUACAUGAUGAGAGAGAUGGUAGAGAGAGUAGCUGUGAGGCGUCGCAUAAUCCUUCGCCACGAGUGUCUGACGCAGCUCCCCACCCUCCUGUCACAAGCUGUGGGCCAACUCAGAUAGUCCCAGUAAAUAAUUGUAAUAAUGAUGUAGGAAUUGUUCCUUCUGGCUACACAUGCGGUGGUGCUGUGGGAGGCAGUGGUGGGAACAAUAAUAAUGGUGCUGGUAAUAACAAUGGUGGGGGAAACAACAACAGUAACACUAGUGGUGUAAAUACAGUUGCCAAUCAAGUUGGCAACAGUAAUCCUGUCAGUGGUGACAAUAUGGUAAACUAUUCCUCUUUAUCUGAUAGAUUAAGGUUUCAUGAAAAGUGUGGAACCCUUGUUAAACUGUCCAACAGUUCCAGAACAGCUGAACGAAGAAGACCUUUAGAUGAAUUCAACAAUGGAGUGGUCAUGAGCUGUAGAGCACUUCGAGAAAAUGAGCUUUUUGAGAUUCGCAUUGACCGGUUAGUGGACAAAUGGUCUGGCAGCAUAGAAGUUGGCAUAACUACACACAAUCCAGGACUCUUGGACUUCCCUGCUACCAUGACCAACAUGCGCUCAGGUACCACCAUGAUGAGUGGCACUGGGAUUCUCACAAAUGGAAAAGGAACACAUCGAGAGUAUGGGGAAUUUAAUCUCGAUGAAUUAAAGGAAGGUGAUCGAAUAGGUAUGAUGAUUAAAACAGGUGGAGAACUUCACUACUACAUCAAUGGUCUGGAUCAGGGCAUUGCUGCAACCACAGUUCCUUCACCUGUAUGGUCUGUUGUUGACCUGUACGGCAUGACAGUUAAGGUAAACUCAGUUAUUAUAUUCAGAAGACCAUACUCGGUAAAUUUUCAAUAAGAAUUAAUUAAUACUUAUGUACCAAGAUUUCUUCUUGAUGGCUACAUUAUAAAUCUAAUUUAGGAUAUCUACUCAGGGCUCUGCUUUGACCAGGUUUUAUACGAGCCUAGUGCCAUUUUGGAAGGACUUGUAUGUAAAUGCUGCCAAUUCCCUUAGUAAA